CUUAUCUCCACACAGGGUCAUUGUUUGUAGAGGCUGUGAAACCUGUAACGAUUAAGGUCCUGACUAAUACUUCCCACCUCCUGACUCAGGUGCAGCUCUGACUAUAUUUCCUACAUUUCUCAAAGUCUUACUACGCCGUGUAACAGUUCAGCUGAGCUCUUCGGAUUAAGCGGAAAGGCGACCAAACAACGUUAUUUAUCCUCCUACUGGUUUAAAAAGAAAAAGAUGCGCGAGACGGCGUGGUCCAGGUUGAUUAUCUUCAUCACAUGUCUAAUGAAAGUCGCAGAAAUCCAAGCACAAUGUGAGAGACCUGAUGUUGGGGAAAACAUGGUUAUGAUCAGUGACUUGGGCCAGCAGACAUUCCUAAAUGGAUCCACUGUAAAGUUCCAGUGUUCUACUGGCUAUCGGCCUGUGGAUUCAUCAGUUCCCCGUACAAUCACCUGUGUUGGGACCGAGUGGACCAAUCUGGAACUUAACUGCACAAAAAAGACCUGUGGAUCUCUUCCUGAAUUUUCCAAUGGGAAGUAUACUUAUCCAAGUGGAAUUCUGUUUGGUGCGACAGCCGUCGCACAAUGUGAUGAAGGAUAUUUGCUUGUUGGAGAAAAAAAUAGAAAUUGUCGUGACGAUGGAUGGGAUGGGAGAGAGCCUGUGUGUGAAGUGGUGAAAUGUUCACCACCUCUCGCUAUACAGAAUGGAACGUUUGAUCCCAUGGACGAAUCCUAUGAGUAUAAUCAAGCAGUCACAUACUCUUGUACUGGAAGUUACACUCUUAUUGGAGAAUCAGUUGUAACCUGUUCUGAUAAUGGAACCUUUCAUCCUUCUCCUCCGAAGUGUUUAUUGGUAGAGUGUGAGACACCUAACAUUAAAAACGCUGUUCGAGUUGAAGGAAAAUCACCACCCUACGGAUAUAAAAAUGUCGUCCAAUACAAAUGUAAUGAAGGGCACAUAAUGAAUGGAACUGGUCACCUGGUCUGUGAAGAAAACGGAUGGAAUCCACCUCCCCCCGAGUGCAUCCCACAAUGUAAGAGACCUGAUGUUGGGGAAAACAUGGUUAUGAUCAGUGACUUGGGCCAGCAGACAUUCCUAAAUGGAUCCACUGUAAAGUUCCAGUGUUCUACUGGCUAUCGGCCUGUGGAUUCAUCAGUUCCCGGUACAAUCACCUGUGUUGGGACCGAGUGGACCAAUCUGGAACUUAACUGCACAAAAAAGACCUGUGGAUCUCUUCCUGAAUUUCCCAAUGGGAAGUAUACUUAUCCAAGUGGAAUUCUGUUUGGUGCGACAGCCGUCGCACAAUGUGAUGAAGGAUAUUUGCUUGUUGGAGAAAAAAAUAGAAAUUGUCGUGACGAUGGAUGGGAUGGGAGAGAGCCUGUGUGUGAAGUGGUGAAAUGUUCACCACCUCUCGCUAUACAGAAUGGAACGUUUGAUCCCAUGGACGAAUCCUAUGAGUAUAAUCAAGCAGUCACAUACUCUUGUACUGGAAGUUACACUCUUAUUGGAGAAUCAGUUGUAACCUGUUCUGAUAAUGGAACCUUUCAUCCUUCUCCUCCGAAGUGUUUAUUGGUAGAGUGUGAGACACCUAACAUUAAAAACGCUGUUCGAGUUGAAGGAAAAUCACCACCCUACGGAUAUAAAAAUGUCGUCCAAUACAAAUGUAAUGAAGGGCACAUAAUGAAUGGAACUGGUCACCUGGUCUGUGAAGAAAACGGAUGGAAUCCACCUCCCCCCGAGUGCAUCCUUGAUCGAAUUCAAGGUCCAACCACUACAUCUCCACCAUCAGACAGCAACCGUGUGAAGCCCAGCAUAAUAACAAUAGUUGCUGUUGUAUCCAUUGUUGUCCUUCUAGGACCAAAGAACUAUCAUUUGGACUGAUGCCAAACUGUUUGGAUAAAGACUGAGGAACUCUUAUAUAAGUGAUAUCCAUCGAUGUUCAAAGUCUCGAAGUUUAGAGUAUUUUUCCUGAUUUUCAUAGGUUAAGAACAAAUUUGCACUUUGAUCUAGAUUUUCAUAAGGUGUCAUCAUUUUGUCCUUAAGGAUAUUGAGUGUCUGUACAAAUUUGAACUGCAAUUACUAAUUUAUAAAGAUCAGAUGUACGAGUGUGUUUUAAGUUAAGUUAUUUUGUAUUAUUUGUGAUCAUCAAAAUUAGUGUUACCUAUUUCACAGUUUUAACUGCCCAAGUUUAAGUGAAUACUUACCUUGUAGUCCUGCCAGAGUCACUGCCUUCUGUAAAAAGUUCGAUACAAAAUAAAUGUAAAUUUUUUAACAGGA